AUGCAUGCAAACAAGAAGUGUGUGAAUGUUGUCGGCGACGUGGACGACGUCGACGUUGACCUCUACCCAUUCCUACUACGAUACAAGGACGGCCAUGUCGAGCGGUUGCUGUGCAGCCCUUUCGUGGCAGCGUCUGGGAACCCGACAUCCAACCGCGGGGUGGCAACGAGGGACGUGGUCAUCGACGCCGGCACCGGCGUGUCGGCACGCCUGUUCCUCCCUUGCCGAGCCACCGGCAAGGGGAGGAAGCUUCCCCUCGUCGUGUACAUCCACGGCGGGUCUUUCUGCACGGAGAGCGCCUUCUGCCGGACGUACCACCGCUACGCGACCUCCCUGGUGUCGGUGGAGUACCGCCUGGCGCCGGAGCACCCCAUACCCACGGCCUAUGACGACGCGUGGGCGGCGCUCCGGUGGGCGGCGUCCCUCGCCGACCCGUGGCUGGCGGAGCACGCGGACCCCCGGCGCACGUUCCUGGCCGGCGACAGCGCCGGCGGGAACAUCGCAUACCACACGGCGGUGCGCGCCAGCCGCCGGGACGACGGCGUCGACGUCGAGGGUGUGAUCAUCGUCCAGCCCUACUUCUGGGGCGCCGAGCGGCUGCCCUCCGAGUCGGGCCCUGACGACGGCGCGGCGGUGCUGCCGGUGUACAGGGUGGACGCCGGCAACGAGGACCCCCGGCUGAACCCUCCCGACGAGGAGAUCACGUCGCUGACGUGCCGCCGCUUCCUGGUGGCCGUCGCCGGGAAGGACACGCUGCGGGACCGCGGGGUCCGGCUGUUCGCGCGCAUCCGCAACUCCUACGCCCGCACCGCCGGCGGCAGCGCGACGGCGACGCUGGUGGAGUCGGAGGGUGAGGACCAUGGUUUCCACCUCUACAGCCCGCUGCGCGCGACGAGCAGGAAGCUCAUGGAAAGCAUCGUGCACUUCAUAAACCAGUCGCCGCCGCCGCCGGAGCUCGAGUACGGGUUGCAGCUGCAUGCAGUAGAUGCAUGGGGAUGGGAGGGCCUUCUUGCAGACGCAGCUACCCAGCGGCCCAUCGUGCUAGGCGUGCCUAGCAGGCCGUUCAGGGACAUAUUUGACUAUGGGAUGGACAUGAAGCGUCUCACUGGUACAGCCUGCAGGGCAUAUGAAGGCCCAUCGAAAAUUGGACGUGGCAACAACCUAGCAGCAUCCAACAAGGUAAACUAUGGGCUAUUUGUUACGGGCCCGUUGAGGCCCAAUAAGGCCUACAAGGGCCCAGCAGCAGCAGCACUUCCUGGCACUCGCGUUGUCAAGAACUUCUUCUAG